AUGUCGGACGGUGACGUUGUGGACGGUGUGUGUGUGCGCUACGCGUGCAAGUGCGGUCACCUGGCGCCCGUGAGCUCGCUUUUCUUCAGCGAAACGUGUGAGAAACUGGUCUGCCGCUUGCCUCGAUGCAGCGUGGAGGAGUUCGAGUCGUAUUACUGCGGGAACCUGUUGGUAAAUCUGCCGUCGAAAGAGGCGUCCAUGUAUCAGAACCGCUCGAGCCGCUGCUUCAGCUGCCCAACGUGCGAGACAGCGCUCUCCACUGCUAUUCACGAGCAGCGCUACUUUUUCCUAUGUGGGCACUGUCGUUGGGACUCGCUAGAGCUGGGACUGGUCGAUGACGACCCGGACGCGCUGAUCAUGACUGCAAUUACACGCGAGCGUCAAGCUGCCCACGAGGACGUCUUCCAGACAUUGCACUCACACUACGCGACGCUCAGCUCGCUGCAACUGCUGGCAGACUCGAUGAAGGAGCUGCAGCGUGAGCACCAGAUGAAGAAAUUCAGACUGCAAAGGAUGUCGGAGAUGGGAGGCUGGAAAUACGACCAGGCACUGGCUAAGGUGCAGGAGAAGGAGCAAUGGCUGCUACAACAGAGACGUGAGCAUCAAUGGCCGGAACUGACGAAGCAGCUUGCGGCUUUGCAGAUCCAAGGGACAUCAUGGGGUCAGGACACGCCUGAGAAGACUCGCGAAAUGCUAGAAAACCUGUCGCAGAAACGUGAAAUGGGGGAGGUGUCGACACUGCACCAACGACUGCUGAAUCCUUUGGAUCAGUCACGGGACGCUGACAAGCUCUUCCCGUCUCGGCCACUGCUGCGUGUAAAGCGCACAUGGCGGUGUGUAGAGUCGAUUAAGCGAGGUACAGCUGGUAUCCUCGUCAAGCCACAGAUCAGUCCUAUGAGUGGAGAUAGCUCGUUGCCCGUGUCGGCGUCUUGGUUCAAGAAGGCCAACUUGGCCGCGCACUACGUGCCUGUCAUUACGUUCCAGCGACUGCCCUACCGUGUUGAUGGCACUGAUUGUGUAGAAUGCGUUCUUCUCGUGGAGAACCCACUGGACGAUGCCAUUCGCAUUACUUUUCGAUCUAUCGUACUGCAGGAUUUGACUCCGAUCAUCGUUGGGCCGUAUGAAGACCCGAAUCUUGCAGAUGCGUUCAUCGACGAUGAACCGCUUUUCGGCGCUAACGGUGACGAACACAACUCGAUGCUAAUUCAAGCUACUCGAAAUCUAAUCAAGAUAAAGCUUCCGCUCGUCGUUAAUCCUGGUACUUCGAUGUCGACGAUUUCAGCACGAUUCAUCAUGGACACGGAGAGAUUUGAUGAAGACGCGAAUGAAGUUAUCGAGAAUUCACUGCUAAGUAUUCCAGUUGUGAUCACAGCUCCGAUCCCGUAA